AUGCUCCACUCGGCACAGGCGGCGGCGCCGAGCCCUCAAGCUCCUCCUUCUCACCCUCCUCGCCUGACCCUCCAGAUCGCCUCUCCUCUCGCCUCUACCUCCUCCAUCUUUUCAUCGGCGAGUUGCGGCGCAUCAGACUAUGUCAAACCUCCUUCACCUAUCAAGCCGUCUCGCAACUCGCUCUUCGACCUCGACUGGGCACCCGUCACGCCUCACACUCGCUCCCGCAGCUCGACGACUGAGAGCCAGUUCAGUGCGACCAGCAGCGCCGGCACCACAGCGAGUAGUAAAAGCUGGAUGGACGUCGACGUCUCGCCUCCGCCGUCCAUCUCGCACUCUUCGCUUCCUCCGCCUAUCCCGACGUUCUCGAGGAGCGAUACGGCGAGAGGAUGGCAGGCAUGGGAGCAGACGCCGGUACCGGGGAAGAGCGAAGGCGGCUUCGAGUGGACAGCUCAGGCUGCACCAGCGACUCAAGGCGGUGUUCUCGGCCCGCCUUUCACGAGCGUACCCCUCCCACAAGCCAGUCCUUCUCUCGCCGAACCUCCUCGGCCUCCUCCGUCCCUACCCGCCCAAUCUUUCUCCAGUAUCGUGCCGCCCUCGCCGCCAUCGCCCAGUCACUCGUCUUCCUACUCCUUCCCCUCUUCCUUCGCCAACGAUGAAUCCGGAACUCUCCCACCAACAGCCGGACACUCGUCCAAUCCGCUCCUCGAUACCCGCCGAGCUCCCCCUCUCCGUCUAUCUCCCACUCCCCUCUACAGCCUGGGCGAAGGGCGGCACGCGACCGUCUACCUCGCCUCGUUCGUCCCGCAAGCGCGAGAUGGACAAGUACGAGCCGAGAAGCGGAGACGACUCUGCGCGGCGAAGCGGUUGCUUCCUGAUCGCGAGAGUCAGGUGUCCGGAUUGGGCGAGGCGUUCAUCCUCGCCAAGCUGUCACAGGCAGACUCGAACUCGGUCGCAGCGACAGGCUCGCAGUACAUCCUAGGCUUAUACGGCGUGCGCGAUGAGCGCGACGGCAUUGACCCUCCUGCGUCGCUGCUAGCCUCACCGUCAUCGGCAAGCGCGAGCAGGCGGACGAGCCAGCGGUGGAGCUAUGGCGGUGCGACGGGGUGUGGAAGCGGGAGUGGGACGCUCAGUCCACUAGGAAAGGAGACGUUCGCCUACGGGACGGACGAUGCGGAGGCGACGAGUCGAGAAGACAAGCGGAGAAGCCUGCCGUUGCAGGAGAGGCCGAAGAAGGGCAAGGCGCGGCACUCGGACAUGAUGCCAGGCUCUUCGACUCCGAGCGGGCGCCUCUCGCUCCUCUCGCACGCCCUCGAACCGCCGCUUACCUCGACGCGCCGACGAACGACUUUCGGCGGCGGCCCAGCUACAACUUCGACGACCCCCUCACAAUCGCCGCCCACUUCUCUCGCCCCUUCCCCUCUGCCUCAUCCCGCGUCUCCCCGAAUCGAUCUCCUGCUCGAGUACUGCCCGUUCGGCCACAUCCUCCAGUUCGCGAGGAGCCACCCCGAGCGGAUAGGCAAGCGAAGAUGGUUCGAGUGGGCGCUACAGAUCUCGAGUGCGGUGGCGUGGGCGCACGAGAAGGGCGUCUUACACGCGGAUCUUAAGCCUCAGAACGUCAUGGUUGCUGCCGAUCUUACGUUGCGACUGUGCGAUUGGGGCAACUCGCUCUUCCUCCCCCCGCCAUCCUCUCCCGCACACCUCUUCCCGACUGACCCGCACGGCCUCGGCACACCCGCCUACUCUCCUCCCGAAUUCGUCCGCGCGCUACCCUCCCGUUUUUCAUACUCGAGCGACAUCUUCUCGCUCGGCAUCACCCUCCACACGCUCAUCACCCUUCGCGAGCCGCACGAAGGCGUCCGAGCUGUUGAGCGGAUGGUCCGCGUAGCGGAAGGAGGGUGGUGGGAGUGGGAGGAAGGUCGGAGGCUGCGGGAAGUUGAGGGCGAAGUCGAGGAGGGGUUGGAGUUGAGUCGGACGGGAAGCGUGAGGAGUACGCGGAGCGGGAGAAGCAGCUUGAGGGGAAGUCCAGGCGCCGCGAGGCGGAGGAGGGACGAUAGCGAGGAGAGCGUGCGGAGUUACCUGAGUGUAUCGGGAAUCGGCGAACAGGGCCCGCGCGACUGGAGGGCGCUCGCACAGUCGCUGUUGGCGCCGGAGGAGGACGAGGGUGCAGGAGCGACGGACGAUCUCGACUCUCUCGUCGACCAUAUGAUCCCGCUCACCCCGCCACCCUCCCCUCCGCCGUCUCCUCACCUUCUUCCGCGCUCAACAAUGCUCUCGACACUCUCACUCGAGUCAGCCCUUUCCUCGCCCGCUCCCGCCACUCUCUACUACCCCUCGACCUCCGUCCCCGUUCAGUACUUCCCUUCCUUCUCCGCCUCGCUGUCGGCCCAGAACGACGAUGAGGCGGAUGUGCCGACGGCAACGCUGGCGGAGGAAGAUGCGAUCGUCCCGCUCGCCGUUCGCGAGCUGAUCAAGCGAAUGGCGAGUCCGGCUGAGGCGGAUCGACCGACGGCGGCGGAAGUUAGGGAAGAGUUGAAGCGGAUUGGACGUUCGGAGGGCUUCUUUGUGUGA